AUGAAUAUAAAAGCCAGACCAUAGAAUUGGAGUAUGGCUGUUUAAAUGAUAUCAACAUACUUCGGCUAGGUGAAAAUAAGACACUGAAGGGUGGUAACCCCUGGUAUCAAAUUCUCAGUCCAGAUUAUCCUAAUGCUACUAUGGCAACAAGCAACAUGACCUUCACCUGUGACAUCAAAGUCAGUGUUGGAAGUUUCCUAGAUGUAAAUCUUGUUAGGGCAUCAAACCCUGGUAGCAUUGUCCUUACUAUCGACACAGGAAAUAAAAGUACAAUGAAUUUGAAAGAAUGGCCUGAUUCUCUAGAUCUAGUGAGACAGUUCGAAACAUCGAAUCUACUGAGAGAAAAUGCAACAGAUGAAACGGUAUCUCUGAACUUCGAUAUUCCUGCUGGAAAACCAUACAUAUUCUGGGUCGCUGUGGCAGCUCCCAACAUUAGAAGAAUCAAAUGUAACCCUGUGACAGGAACACCCAUGUCAUUCUCCCCCUGCCCUAUUGGAAUGCAAGUGAACACUCCUACAAUUAAAACAAGCAAAGAAGAUAAACAAUUGACCUCUGACCCCAACAUGGUGCUUAUUUUUGCAAUAACUGUGACCAUAUAUGGAAGUAUUGCAGUGGCUGCAACAAUAGCUGCUUUGGUAUACAUCUUUAGGAAAAGUUUAAGGAAGGCCAGGACGAACAGCUUACCUCCUGGCGUAGAAGACCUCAGUGAUACAGAGCAACCCAAUGUGACCCAGAAUUGUGUUAGAAACAUGGACACAAGUGCUACUUCUCAAUGGGACAAUGUACAUGUUGAAGGCUAUUUGCAACCAGUUGAUAGUCGUAAUGGAAGAUCUGGUCGAUAUGAUGAAUUUGACAUAACACAACCUAGGAGUGAUGCCUUUCAAAACAAUGGUGUGUUACAAACAAGUUCACACAAUAAUGAAGCAUUUGAGCCAGAUUAUUUGAAUGAAGAUUUCAUCAAUGAUUUGAAGAAGAUGAAACCUGAGAAUCCUGGAUCAAACCAGGACAACAGUUUCCACCAACCAAAUUCAAAUGAGGACAAUGUAAGCCUCCAUUCAUAUGUGGACAUUGGUGACCCUGCUAAUUUGUACCACAUGCUUGGUGAAGAUGAUGAUGUUGAUGUUGAUGAUGAGCCUAAUGCUUACAAACCUAAGGGUAAAAGGAAUAGCAAGAUGCCAAGUAGUGAAAACAAUGUGGAUGCUAGUAUAUCGGAUGAACUAAAAUUAAAACUCCAAGCACGAAAGAUCAUCAGUGAAAAAGAGUAGAUAUUUAUGUGAUAUAGGAGGAACAAUGUUAAUUAAAUGUAAUUCUGAAUGAAGACAAAAAUAGGUCUCCUGUCAACUGUGAUAUUCCAGAGCAAAGUUCAAAUGAGAUGGUUUUCCUUUCGAGAGAAUUACAAAAUCAGUAUUGAUCUAUUUUAGAUCAGGAUGUCCAU